AUGGAUUUCACUGUGUUGCGUGGCAAAAAGUCGCCAGGCGGAAAGUGUGUCGGAAGGCCAAAUCGAGUGGGCCAAGUGACACAAAGUUGGUAUUGCCAUCCAACGGUAAUUCCGGCUGUGCAUGGAGAACUUCGACUGCUUGUGGAUUGGCCGAAGUUAGACGAAACUUUUGUAGCAGUUGUAGGGAUAAAAUUGGGCCUUCGCUAUGCGGAACAGCCGAACCUACAGAUUUUGCCCUCAUUUCCAUCCUGGCAAAAAGGAAGACUCGACCUCACCUGCGUCUUAUCAUACCCCAUAGUGGAAUUCAAAGCCGAGUCAGGCGGUAACGUUGCCGCUCUAAUACAGAGCCAGGGACAGAUAUGA